AUGAACACAAUGAGGUCGAAUGCUCGCCCCGUGGAGCUCCAGGAGGGAUUCUACAUCCCUAUCGCACUGGAUACCAACAACAUCACUUCACUCAGCCCCUUCCUGGUUCCUCAGGACCACCUGGCGGGCAGUGCUAUCUUCUAUGGCAUGUCAUUUUUCAUGUUCUUUCUAUUUGUUGCCGGCACUGCUAUCAACGUCCUUACCAUCGUGUGUACUAUCCAGUUCAAGAAGCUGCGAUCCCAUCUCAACUACAUUCUGGUGAACUUGGCAAUAGCUAACCUGCUGGUGUCCAUGUUUGGAUCCUCCACCGCCAGCUUGUCCUUUGGCUACAGAUACUUUAUCAUGGGAUCGGUUGCAUGCCAGAUUGAGGGAUUUACAGCUACUCUUGGCGGUAUGGUGAGCUUAUGGUCUCUCUCAGUAGUGGCGUUUGAAAGAUGGUUGGUUAUUUGUAAGCCAGUCGGUAACUUUCAAUUCAAGAGCACACAUGCAAUAAUUGGCUGUGCAAUCACUUGGGUGUUUGGGUUGGCUGCCAGUCUUCCCCCUCUGUUUGGCUGGAGUAGAUACAUUCCAGAAGGUCUCCAGUGCUCCUGUGGACCAGACUGGUACACCACAAACAACAAAUACAACAAUGAGUCCUAUGUCAUGUUCCUCUUCUUCUUCUGCUUCGGAGUCCCAUUCAGUGUCAUUGUUUUCUGCUAUGCCCAGCUGCUCUUCAUGAUGAAGGCGGCUGCCGCGGCACAGGCAGACUCUGCCUCCACCCAGAAGGCAGAGAAGGAGGUCACCAAGAUGGUGGUGGUGAUGGUGGUGGGCUUCCUAGUGUGCUGGAUGCCCUACGCCUCCUUUGCUGUCUGGGUUGUACAAAACCGCGGUGCACCCUUUGAUCUCAGAUUGGCCACCAUACCUUCCUGUUUCUCCAAGGCCUCCACAGUCUACAACCCUCUCAUUUAUGUCUUCAUGAAUAAGCUGUUCCGCUCAUGCAUGAUGAAUUUGCUGGGAUUGAAGUCCGGGGAUGAUGAGGAAGCAUCAUCAACAUCCUCAGUCACUCAAGUGUCUUCUGCUGGUUAA